AUGCAAGAGAACUAAUGCAAACAAGAACUAAUUGACAAUUAAAAGAGAAAAAGUGGCAGAAGAAAAGCUCCUAAUCAAUUUUACAAAUAGGAAAUGUUUGAUAUGAGAGAAAAUAUAAAAGUUAAUAGUGUUUAUAAAAAAAUUAAAUUAAAUGAUGACAAUGGAAAUCAAUUUAAAAUUAUUACAAAAAAAUAAAAAUAUAAAUAAAAAUUCCUAAAUAAAAAAAUGAAGAUCCUUAUUAAGGAUUGGGUAUUUUAGAUUUGUUUCUUUAAUAAGCAAUGGAAAUUUAAUAAAAAAAUUAAUAAAAUGCUUAAAAUGAAGAAGAUGUAUUACAAAUUUAAGAAAACGACUAAUCUAUGA